UCUAAAAAAUAGGCUAAGCAGUAAAAAUCAUAGGUCGCGUAAGUAGUCAGACGAAAAGGGAAGAAGACCCGGCAUAUAGUCUCAUGGGCAUCUUCAACGUCAACAUGCCUAUUAUACAUGGCGAGGGCUCGAUUAAGGCGUUCAGACGCCUCCAGGAAGAGAUUAUGAAAAGCUCGUUCGAUCAUAGCAUCUUUGCUUGGGUAUCUCGGUAUCCAGAGAGUGGUUUUUUGGCUCGUUCGCCCGCUGACUUUGCGGAUGUGCCGCAACUUGGACUCUGGAAACCCUCGAUGCUCGCCCCAUUCCAGAUGACGAACCUGGGACUGUUUAUACGACUGAAUAUGAGGAAAGAAGAAGUUGAGGAGGCACUUUAUAAAAGUAAAUAUAGUGCAUGCUGUGACUGACAU